GAAAGAAAGGGUCUGCGCGCGCAAGUAGGUGCUCGCUUGCGGGGUUGAGUCCGCUCGACAACAAUCGGAGGGAGAUAGCGUUAACGGUCCGACCGUUUCGGAACACUUUCGAAUUCCAGUUGGAACGGCGCGGGGGAGAAGCUCGUGCGCCGCCAGUUCCCAUCGCAGAGGGAGAACGAAGCAGGGAGAAUGAGCAGAAGUUACAACAAGUCCGGCACGCUGAGGUGUUUGGACAGGGUGGCGGUGGAAGUGAAGAGUAAGUUUGGGGCAGAAUUUCGAAGAUUUUCCCUCAGCCGCUAUAAACCUGGAAAGUUUGCUGAAUUCUACAGCCUAAUUAUUCAUACGCAUAACAUUUUGAACAUGGAUAUAUUAAUUGGAUAUGCUGAUGUCCAUGGUGACCUGCUGCCAAUCAACAAUGAUGACAACUUCUGCAAAGCCAUUUCCAUGGCAAAUCCAUUGCUAAGGAUUUUUGUACAACGAAAAGAAGAGGUCGACUAUAAUCUCUUUGGCACAGAUUCAUUGACGCGAAAGAAAAAGCCUUUGGGAGGUCUCCGUAAUGAUACCCUCCGAAAACGAGUUCAGCUCAGCAUUAGUAUUCCUCAAGACUUCAGGCCUGUUUCUUCCAUUAUUGAUGUGGAUAUUCUGCCUGAAACUCACCGGAGAGUCCGAUUAUACAAACAUGGAUGUGAAAAACCUUUAGGGUUCUACAUACGAGAUGGCACAAGUGUGAGGGUGACAGCUCAUGGACUAGAAAAGGUUCCAGGUAUCUUCAUCUCACGGCUUGUACCUGGUGGUUUAGCUGAAAGUACAGGCCUCCUUGCUGUUAAUGAUGAAGUCCUUGAAGUGAAUGGGAUUGAGGUGAUGGGUAAAACGCUUGAUCAAGUCACAGACAUGAUGAUUGCGAAUAGUCACAACCUUAUCAUUACAGUAAAGCCAGUGAACCAGAGGAACAAUGUCAACCGCAGCAGUCGUAUGUCUGGUAGCUCUGGCCAUUCCAAUGACAGUACAGCCAGUCAUCAUAGUCUGCCCUCUGCCCAUAUGGUGCAGAACUAUAAUCCUGAAGAUGAAAGUGAUGAGGAAGCUGACAUUAUUAUUGAAGGCUGUAUUGAACCACAGAGCAUUCCAUUUAAAUCGCCAUCUUCCUCCUUCACCAGUUCUCGAAAUAAUCUGAGUCAGAGACGGCAGAAGGAGCUGCCACUCAAUGGCUCCGUUAGAAAAACUAAUGGAAGUAUACUUAAAACAUUGAGUGCACUCAAAGCUGAGGCAAGGCAUAGCCUAGCUUUCAGUAGAGGAGGCAUUGAAGAGGAUGGAACAGUGAUUACACUUUGAAAUUUUGGUCUGGAUUGAUGUAAAGUGCCAACAGAGAACAAUGAACAAUAGAUGUGUUCAUUUCUACUUUUUUAAUUGCAAGCAUAUUUUUGGGAUCAUUUCCGUUGUUUACUGGACUUCAGUACCUUACGGGAGGUUCUUUCAAUUGCCUUCAAUGUAGAUGCUAAAACUAUUAUUCAGAUAUAGUUAAUAAGUGGAUGCCAACACAGAAGCUUAUUUUAAAUGAUAGGAAAGUUUUUAAUAAAAGUAUAUCAAAAGGUAUGACACCAAAUUAUUUUUAAACACAAUCAUGGAGAUCCUGUGAGCAAGAAUGAUUGUGUUAUGUAGCAUCACUUGCUGGAUGUAUUUGUUGCAAUAAUUGUGGGAGACCAAUUUAAUUAUUUUAAAUUCUUCAAAUAUCAGCCUGAUCCAGGACAUUGCAGUUGUUUAUCCAUGCAUAACCAAUAAAUUUUAGAUUGUUUAAAAUUAUUUUUAAGAGAUGUUACACUAGAAACUAAUAACUGGGGAAUUAGCCACUUUAGUUAGAAUUUGCAAGCAUAACAAUGUCCAAUCCAAUGUACAUCUGCAGUGUUUUGCGUUUGUAUCUUUUAUUGUUUGAAUAUGUUUGGAAUUUAGUCGCUGAAGAUAUUGAGAAUAUGUGUACAAUAUGUCUUUAAAAAUACACUUUGGAAUUGAAAAUAAUAUUGUCUUGUCAGCAAAUUAGAGACCACGGCCUUCGGCAGUUUGUAACAAUUAAUAGGUAUUUAAGAGUGAUGUACACGGUGUUGAUAAUUGAACAAAAUAAUUGAAAUUUACAGAACAGUUGAAGGCCAUUUGUCUCAUCCUGACCAGUAGCCAUCCAGCCUAAUCCAACUGUCCAAUUCUUAGUCAGUAAACCUUAUAGAUUUCAGUGGUUGAACUGCAUAUCCAAGAACUUUUUAAAUGUUAUAUCCUCAAACCACCUUUUUAAGAUCCUUCUUGAUCAGUCUGUUGAUGAAACAAUUUCUCCUCCAAGUUUUAUUUGAAUAAUUCAUGAGAUAUGGGUGUUGCUGGCUGGACCAGCAUUUAGUGCCUGGCCUUAGUUGCUUAUGAGAAUAAGGUGGUGAGCUGCUGUCUUGAAGUCCUUGUGCACGCUAAAGAAUUCUCUCUAAAGAUACUGUCUAUUAUAAUAGAUAUUCCUUCCCAGACAUUAACUUCUCAACAAAAGGGAAAACGUCUUGCCUAGCUAGGUUCUUCAUAAAUUUAUACUCUGAAUUAGAUCUCUCUUUAGCCUCCUCUGUUCCAAAGUCAAUCCAAUCUUGCCUCAUAAUUAAUAUUCUCCAAUCCAGGCAAGGCCCUUGUUUGGUGGGCGGCACGGUGGCACAGUGGUUAGCACUGCUGCUUCACAGC